UUUGACAACAAAAAGUCAAAACAUUGGAAUGACGAGUUUUAGCCUCGAAGCAUGCAAAUAUUAUAAUUUUAAAACCUUUAUUCAAGCGGAUUGAAAUACGUUUGGUUCUAGCAAAUAGCAUCACCACAAAAAGAGGUACGCUGUUCUUUCACCAAGUCUAGGUAUACAGACAUGGCAGAUUGAGCAUUUCCAUGGAGGUGCAAACCAAAGACGAGCUACUGGAGCAAAUUUCUUUGGCAGUAGAACAGAUACAAAAGCAAUUUGUACAAGGAGGCAAUGUUAUUAAAGAUUGUCAGGAAACAUUUUUCCUCUGUCAAUGUGUGGAUAAUAUUUUACAUCAUGGGCUUAAAGAAGGGCUUAUAUCCUGGGCAAUGGAGUCAACAGUUUGGCCACUGUUAGAGAAAAUCACUUGCAGUGAAGAUAUUGAAGAAAUUAAAAUGUUGCGCCUAAAAACCACCCGAGACAAAUGUCAAGCAUGGAUCAAAAUGGCUGUGAAUGAGAACCUUCUUGGUAGUUAUAUUGCUGCAAUAAAUCAGGAUCAUUCGUUGUUAAUCCAUCACUAUUAUGAAUAUGCAUUCCUGCGUGAUCCAGUCAUGACCGACACUGUGAAGUCAAUUCUCAACUAUGGAAUAGCAAAUUUUGAUUUUGAGAUUUCAAUCAGUUACAAUCAACCAUCCAGUAAAUUUGAUGCCAGGUCAAAGCAAGACCAGCCUUGCGACUACGACGCUGUUGAACAAACAGCGCCAAAGGAGAAUGGGCUCGAGCCGUCAAACAUUGAAACUGAGAUAGCGACAACGGCCGACACAUUGUCGAAGAGGAGACGAAAGAAGAAGGUUAAGACUGUUGUUAUUGAAGACCAGGACGAUCGUGAUGAUUUUGAAGAGACAAAAGAAAAAGUGGAAGUUGAGGAGGAAAAUUUGGAAGAGAGUAAGGUUGAUGGGAGGAAAGAUAAAAUAACUUUUAAAAAUGGGGGGAAUGAUAUGCAGUUUUCGACGGAAACGUCAUCGACUACAACUGACCAAUCAGACAACAGUGAAACUAGUGACGUAAGAACUAACAGGCUCACUUGUUCGGUUAACGGUCAUGUGAUUGAAGCAGCUAGUGAUAGCGUGGUUCGUGACGCGGAUGACGGAUUGCAAGAUUCAACAAGUGAAAGAACAGAUUUUGUUAGCGCCCAGCUUGAUCAGUAUUUAACUUUCAACAGUCGGGAAAAUCGUGAUGAUGAUCGAAGGAAGAAUAAGGAACGAGACACUUUAGGAAGACAAAUAGAAAGAGCCAGUCCGAUACAAGAGUUUAGUGCAAACGAUUUCCUCUUGGAUGAAACUGAACCACAAAGCACUUUAAAUGACAAUAAAGAGGUAUUAUUAGGGGGUGCCUCGAAUACCACUGAUUGUUCAAACGAGCCUGAAAAUGCCACGAAAGGGGAUUCAGGUGCAAAUCGAAAAAAAUCUGAGAAUUUAUCUGAGAGCUUAGAGAUUGAAGCGGAACUUACAGUUACAAACAAAAAAUUCACAAACAUUUCUUCGAUUUCUGAGAACAAACACUCAGGUUCUCCAUCAGAAAGUUCUAUUAAUAAUAAAGAUGGUGAGAGAUUAUCUGAAGCUCUGACCAAGACGGAACGUUCAUCAAAUUCUCAGAGAUUUAAAUCACAGGAGAGCAUAGGAAGUACGAAAGAGGAGAAUGUAUCAAACGAUGAAUUCUCGGAAGUUCUGAGCCGGAGCUAUUCUUAUGACUAUCGCGUAAGAAGGAUCGAAAAUGUUGAUUUCGUUUCUUCCUCUUACGGAUCAUCUUCAGCUCUCAGCGAUCUCACAGACGACGACAGGGACCUCAAUUUCAUUCCGGGAAUUCAUAGAAUGUCUUCGAAAUCGUUCACCUCAUCUUUCGAGAAGAAGAGCGCAGCAGACAGCUCCGUCUCGUUCGACGAGAAUGGUUUCCCAUUGUUUGAAUCAUCUCACUACACUGACUCGCUGACAUCACAGCAUUCAAGCACGGAUGAUAACAGCAGAUCUUUCAGCGAUCUCUCCAACGAAUGGGACCUCUUUGAAGAUUUGUUGAAUGUGGAAGAGGAACACUUCUCAAAGCCUGAUAAUUUUGCUGGUUUAACAACGACUGAAGAACUAGAAAUUGCCAUCGAACAUUACAAGAAGUUGAUUAAAACGAGGAGAAAUAAAUCUCAGCAGCGCGACGAUUUGGUUAAAAAACUUGUCAAACUUCGUUUACGACUACAGCAAGAAAACGAAGGUCCACCAGAAGAGAAUCCACAGUGUCGUAAGAUCUUGAGUCAUCAGUUUAGCAAGAAGGAAGGCAAGAAAGAAGGUACCAAGUACUUCUGUGACCAAUGCGGGAAAAACAUCUGGACCAUUUGGCAAACAUUAUACACUUGUAAUGAUUGUGGUUAUUAUUCCCACAGAAAAUGUCUAGAACAUAUUCAAAGACCUUGUCCCAAAAGGAACUUAUCAACGGUGUCGUAUAUCAUGGAGAUAUGUCCGGAUACUGGUUUAGAUGCCCAGCAGUACCGCUGUGCCGAGUGCAGGAAGGAGAUUGCGUUUUCAAAAAAAUUGGUAGCCGAGGGAAGAAUAUGCGAUUAUACUGGCCAGUAUUUUUGUGAUAACUGUCAUUGGAAUGACCAAGUUACGAUCCCGGCUCGCGUCUUACGCAACUGGGACUUUUCACAACGCAAGGUGUGUCGGAAAACUAAACAGUUACUGGAAUUGAUGAAAGCCAGGCCGAUAUUAAACAUACAGGAAAUCAAUCCAAUGUUGUACAGAUAUGUGGAGGAGUUACGAGAAGUUGGGAAACUUCGAGAAGACAUUCUUAUUAUGAAGAAAUAUUUCCUGACAUGUCGCGAAGCUCUUGAGAGUAAACUAUUAAUACAGCUUCAAAAACGACAGCAUUUCGUGGACAGCGCACAUACGUAUUCAUUUCAAGAUCUACUCGACCUCAAUAACGACGUACUGUUACCAGAGGUCAGCAAGGUGCAUUCGCUGUUUCUGGCUCAUAUAAAAGCGGACUGCGAGUUGUGUCGUGCUAGAGGAUUUAUUUGUGAAAUGUGUCAAGACUCUAGCGAUAUCAUUUUCGCUUUUGAUCCACACGCAGUCAAGUGCACCAAUUGUUCAGCGGUGUUUCACAAGGUUUGUUUCAAACCAGACGACUGUCCAAAGUGUCAACGAAGGAAGAAAGUAGCCGAAGAACAAGAAUAGUGAUUUACGGACUUCGGGUGCAUUUUUCACGACGCUUUACGCCGAAAUCCGAGGAGUGUGUUUUGUUAAAUUAUGAAUGAAAGGAAAUCAUAAGAUUCAAGUAUAAUUUUUGGUAAAAAAUAUAUACUAAUACACAAAAAUGUAAUUAUUUAAUAACGUAAUAAAUUAUCGAAUUAUUCUCUUUA